UGUUUUUAUAAAGAACUGGCAAUGUUGCAAAAGGCCAAUUUCUUUAGUUACAUAGUGAAGGUCGUUUUGCUGUGUUGUGUUUUUAAUCUGAUUGGUUUCGUUCGCUAUAAUUUCGGAUUAUCAUCUAGUUUCACCCUCCGCGUUUUCAUAGGAUCAAAAUAGAACCAGUGACGAAGAAAGAAAAUGUUAUCUGAUGUGCUGAGCGAGUAAAAUCUCGCAGGCGCUGCCUCCAUCUCUUUUAUUUGAGCUGACCUGAAGAAGGUGACAAGAUACAAAUUCUUCUUGGUGUUAAAAAAAAAGAGGAAAUCUGUAUAGUUAAAUUAAUACAUUAUUGCAGUCAGUCGUCAAAAGACGACACGGAAACCUAAUGCAAAAAACAGCAGGACUCACGCGUGUCGGAUCAGGACGAGCUUCAGCUGGUCGUGGUCAACGUAAUAAUUUUGGCUUUCAUUUGUCCAAUGUAAGCUACGAUGGCAAAAUUGCCGGACUCUAUGACUUGGAGGAAACCCUUGGUCGGGGGCAUUUUGCCGUGGUCAAAUUGGCACGACACGUUUUUACUGGAGAAAAAGUGGCCGUCAAAGUGAUCGAUAAGACCAAGUUGGACGAAGUGUCGCGAGCGCAUCUAUUCCAAGAAGUGCGCUGCAUGAAGCUGGUCCAGCAUCCCAACGUUGUUCGUCUUUACGAGGUCAUCGAUACUCAAACCAAACUUUAUCUGAUUCUGGAAUUGGGAGAUGGAGGCGAUCUCUACGAUUACAUCAUGCGGCACGAGAAUGGCCUCGAUCAAGAAUCGGCCCGGCAUUACUUCAGACAGGUGGUGCACGCUAUAUCAUACUGUCAUCAACUCCACGUGGUCCAUCGGGACCUCAAACCAGAGAAUGUGGUCUUUUUCGAGAAGUUGGGCAUGGUCAAACUGACUGAUUUCGGGUUUUCCAACAAGUACAAUCCUGGCCAAAAGUUAGAGACGUCUUGCGGAUCGUUGGCUUAUUCCGCACCCGAGAUCUUGUUAGGCGACUCUUACGAUGCUCCAGCUGUUGAUAUUUGGUCGUUAGGCGUCAUUCUUUACAUGUUAGUCUGUGGCCAUCCACCUUUCCAGGAGGCUAACGAUAGCGAGACGUUGACAAUGAUUAUGGAUUGCAAGUACACGGUACCACCCCAUGUAUCUGAAGGCUGUCGUAGACUAAUAGGCCGGAUGCUCCAACGUGAUCCAGCUAACCGCGCUACUCUUGAAGAAAUCGCAAGUGAUACAUGGUUGCAAGAUGGUGCAGCGGCUUUGCCACCCUCUCAUUACUUGCCAUUGGUGUCACGCGAACACCUAACAGAAGAGGACCACGCCAUUAUUUUGCAAAAAAUGGUCAACGGUAACAUCGCUACCAAGGAGGAAAUCUUGGAUGCGCUGGACAAAGACGAGUACAACAAUAUUACUGCCACGUAUUUCCUCUUGGCCGAACGUAAACUACGAGCGCAGCGGCAAGAGCAAGCACAAAUGAUCAGUCGGGGGCAACCUGCUCUAGCCCCUCCACCUUCAGAACCAGAACCCCCCGUUCCGAAGGAGCUAAUACCAAUACCGGAUGAAAAGCUUCCGUUCAAGACGAUACCAGUUUUUCCCAGAACAGCAAUGGAAGCGAUGCAAACGUCUAGUGUUGGUCGUCCGCGUAAAUACAGUGACGUUGCAGAAGAGGAUGAAGCCACAGGAGGUAGCGGAAGUGAAUCUAGCCGACGAAGCCAGAGAUCAUCCAGCAAUUCGUUGGCGAGCCAGAGAACAUCAAAUACGUCUUUGGCCAGUCAAAGGGCGUCCAACAAUUCCUUGGCCGGUAGCUUGAGAGCUCGUGGGUUGUUGACUAACGUAUCCGCUAUUCAAUCAGUCAAUAAAGGACCCGCACGUUCAUCUGAAUUACGCUUGGAUUUUGCGGACAAAAUCACCCCACAAGUCCCGGUUUCAAAGUUAGCAGCCAUUAGCACGAAACCACUGGAAACGCAAAAAAGUAUCGAUCAAUAUAUGGAAGUACCUGCGCCAUUCCCCACUACCUCUAAUAUUGGCUUGGGUCUACGGAGUCCGCGAACCUCGCCCUUAACGUCGCCAGUCACGUGUCAAAGGGCUGGCAUUUUGGCAUCAGGACGGGCAACUCCAGCCUCCAUUUCUCCGACGUCGCCAUCGACAACCGUUUCUUCGCCUGCAUCUUCUCCGAACGUUAUGUCACCGACUGUCAACAGCAAGACCCGUUCGACCUUGCCAUCUCCAAACCGCGUUUUGCAUUCAGUGCGCAGUUCCCCACAGCUGAUCCUCAAUGAAAUCUUUGAGGAGGCCGAGAGUUGCAGUGACAGCGAAUCAACUAGCAGGGGAGAGUCAACAGUAACGUCGGCCAAGUCACCUGGCUUGAGAAUCAGAACAACUAUAAAUGGCCAUAGACAUCGUCCUUCUCAAUCUGGACGGGCUACGUCAGCCGGCCCUAGUGCACGCUCAUCAACAUCACCACCCAGUUUGGUUAGGCGGUACGAGCAAAGGCGCCAAUUAGCAAAAGCUAGAACAGCGUCGUGUUCGUCUUCGGAUGCCAGUGAUGACGAUAACGAAGGGCGGAAGAAGAGGGCCGAGAAAAUUAAAUCACUUCCACCUAGGAGAGACUCGCACGAUGAUUCCAGUGACCCAGGUUGUGAUGGUCCUGGAGGCGGUAAUGAUGGUGCUGGGAUAUCAGGAGGUGGGGGUACAAGUUCCAUGGAUAGUUAUAAUCAGGCUGGGUCUAGCUCCCAAGCACCCAAGGGCUCGGAUAGCGGUCACCAUAGUAGUGGCUCUACUGGAGGACGACGUCACCUGCAAGCGUCUGAUGCCGUUGACCAGCGCAAUCCCAGAUCGCGAUAUCGCGUUGUGGGUAGCUCACAUGGGCGGAGAUAUACAAAUGCCAGUUUCUCGCUUUUGAGCCCUGGGCUUGGAAGCGAAACUCACCUACGUGUGUCGCAAUCUCUCACUUGUUUAACUGAAGUCUGUGAAACACCUGAAAGCCCGCGCAGCACGACAAACAUGUUGGAAAUUCCUCCAUCUCCAUCUUCUAUGGCCCGCAUACCGGCAAAAAGCUGUGGAAAUUUGGAAAAGAUUGAAGAAAUUGUUUCUCUAGACGGAUCCCCGGAAAUGGUGCUCGUUUUACCUCCGUCGCCUUUGCCAGCUAGUCAUCCUCCCUCCGAGAAAGGUUCUCGAGAGACAGUCAUCAUCCAAGAUGAUGUGGUCAUGGAUACGGAGCCGGAGCCCCCAUUGACGGGCUGCAGUUGCAGUUGCACUACUCCAACCGGUGGGAAGAAACAUAAACGGCUUAGACAACUCUUUUCACGUCGAGAAGGGACAAAUUCAUCAUUCAAAAGAUCAGAUAAACGUCCGCCUGGAUGGAAAAGCCGCGGUCGAAGCAGUGGUGAAGACGAUACAAUGGAUGCUGAGUGUAAACCGGCAGGAGCCCCUGAUCCAGAUGAAGCCGCAGAGGCUGGGCGAGGCAAAACGAUGAGUUUUCUGCGAAGUCGCCUGUACAAAGCCCGUUCCCUGGGCUGUUUGGUUAAGGAACGUAUCUUGGUUGAAGCGUCGCAUUGUCAGUACGAGAUCUGGAAGCGAUUUGGUCGCAAAGGUGGAAUCGUUGGUAUGAACCCCAGCGAUGUCAACAUGAACGGACCAACACUCUCGCCAACUCCGGCCAAACUUUCGUCCGUCACUUGUUCUUCUUCGACCGAAUGUUCCACACCCCUUGCCGUCGUGCACAAUGUCACUCAGCACUGCACCUCGUGUUAAAAGUUUUGCCGUUUCAUCUCCUCCCUUUCUCUUCGUUUUUUGUUUAACAUAAGAGUUUAUCGUGUUUGAAAGUUAUCGACUCCGCUAACGAGCGUCAAGGAAAGUACGAUUGGAUUGUUGGUGUGUUUUUGAGAAGAAAGAAAAGGAAAGAUGAAGGUUGUCGUGCACGUUUUGUCUUCGUGUUUCCAUGUGUUCACACGUUCCCUUUCCAUUUGCAAUCACUCGUCAGCUGGUACCAAUGCCAGUGAUACGUAGCAACACAAAGGAAACCAAAGUAAUUUGCAAUUCAGAUUUGUUGGUAUUGUAAAUCUUUUAAAAAAAUCUCCUGUCUAUUCAUUUUAAUUUAACCCUUAACUUGUGUGUUGUCUCUCGUUGGACUGCUGCGAUAGGUGGUUCUAUCCGCGUCAUAUCUCUAUCUUACAACACGUUAAGUCAAUCUUUGUACAACUCCGAAUUUUCUUUUAAUUUUUUUUUCCUUUCGACAACUGUACUAUCUCCAGAGUCAAAGAACUUUCAAUUCCCACUUGAUUUAUUUUAGUUUAAAUGCAUGAAAAAUAACCAACAAAUAUUGAUUGUUGAAUGAAAAAAUUUGUGUGGACACCACAGUUACCGAAACCAAAACCCAACUCGUUGAUCUAUUCAUGGAAAAUACUGUGUCUAUCCCUCGGAAUAUCCAUUGCCGUAGAAUAUCUUAACGUUGUGUGUUCCUGUUUUAGCUUCACUAUAGACAUUAUAGAGAGAAAUAUUACUUUAAUACUUGUUUCUA